ACACACACACACACACACACACACACACACACACACACACGAGGGCAGAAACUCCCCAUCCUCCCUUCUCUAACAUCUCUAACGUUGCAAAUCAGAGUGUUAUAUUUUUGUCAGCGGAGGACGACAUUUCUUAGUCUUUCAAUGAAACAAUACACACAGAACAAGUGUAUUUUCUAAGUCUUGUAGAAAUCUAUUUAGUCAAUAAACAAAUGGUAAUUAAGAACUGUAAUUGUAUUCAAAUACUGGUUACUUAAAAAUAACCACAAACAGUAAAACAUAAUAGAUGGAUAAUUAAGUAAACAAAUGAAAAACUUUAGGGGGAGCUGGAUAUAGAUAUAGGAGUGUUUCAGCACCCCCCAAAACUAGAAACUCUUAUGAGGCCAAAUAUCCUCUUCUAAAUGGCUUUAAUGCUUAGUACCAGCUUUGGCCACUAGAGGACAGCAACUCCUCAUCUCCCCUUCUUUAAAUGUUGUUGACAUCAGUGUUGUUCAAUUCUUUAAUAUAUAUCAGAUUAUUUACUUAGUGUCUCUGUGGACACAUUCUUCUUUUUAAGCUAAAAACAUCUUUUCAUCUCAGAUUGGAUGGAGUCCAACAGUGAAGAUGAUGAAAGCCACAACCGUGACUUUCAUUAUGAAGCAACACAGUACAGAGUAAGCUAUGCUUUUAGGAGAAACACUAAUGAGGUAGAAUCCGAUAAACGCGAGCAGUUCAACAAAAAGAGGAAUCCAGGGAGUCGCUAUGGUAACAACCCAGGGAGAGUGAAGCGGGUUGUAUCAUGUAAGAGGAAGACCCAUCACAUGACGGCAGUUCGACGGAAACACCUCGGAUCGGGGAGGAAUUCAGAAGCAGCAACCAGGAAUAACGAGACAAGAUUCUCACAGAACGCACAGCAGGAAUUCUUCUCCCGCCACCCACACGAGUUCCCACAAAAUGUCAACAAUAAUGAAUUUAGCGGUCAAACUGGUUCUGAGCAGACUGACUGCAACACACUCAAUGAGCUUCGUAGGGAUCACAACAUGAUGGCUGAUGUACUAUUUGGAAGAAAUCUAAGACUAAAGGUGGCUUUGACGUUGUGGCAAAGAAAUAUGGGAGAGCUGUUGACUUACAUUGUGAAAAUCCAAGACACUGGUGUGGUUGUUGAUUUCCUUCCACUAAUUAGCAAAUGCAUUAAUGAAGACUCACCCAGGGUUACCAUUGGGAGUUGUGUUGAUCUCUUUCCUCUAGUGAGGCAAGUACUCAGCAAACCGUACGAAGAGUACCUGAUUGUUGGUUUGGAGUGGAUAAGUUCUGUUUUAGAUCACUGGCGGAAGGAACUUGAGGCGAGUGGCUUGAGUGGAUCGACUCAGCCUCAGCUGGAUGAAAAUUUUCAGGUUUUUAAUCAACAGUUAUGGGAGUUGUGGAACCAGGAACCUCUCCUAAAGACUGUUCCGGGAGCAGCAGGAGACAAAGCCAAAGUUGUGGAGUCCUUUUUGUUUCAACUUAACCAGCAACAGUCAAGAUCACCAUGAAGUCAUUUUUCUGUCCUCAGCCUCAACACAAACAUGAAGUUGUGUUCUCAUAAAUAUUACGCUGUGUGUUGUCAUAUUGUUUUCUUAUUGUGCUAAAUGGAUUAUUUUAUUUCUUUAGUGAUUAAAUAAAAAUACAUAGUUCUAUG